GUGAACUGUGAACCAACACUAAUGUGAACUGAUAGGCUGAUGCACGAACUCCUGCAACCUGUUACUCAAUACCAAGUGAUUUAUAAAAUGGUUUUCAUCAAUCCUGGACUUUUGGAGAAAACAGUUCUGCUUUUCUCCAUCUGCAUAUUAUUCUAUUCAACACAUGCAGAUAGCAAGCCACUUAGUAAAAGGGCUAUCAAUGAAGUCCAGCUUAUGCACAACCUCGGGGUGCAUAAACAUGUGGAACUGAGGCAAGACUGGCUCCAGAUGAAACUGCAGGAAAUCCACACGGCCUCAAACAAAAACGAAGAGAAAACAGCACUUGUUCCAGAUAUUAUUCCAAAACUGAAGAAUCUAAAUCCAAGGGAAGCUGAAGAUAUCAUUGCAGUUCUGGAAAGUCUUAUGAACCCAUCGUAAAAACAGAACUGGAUUAAUGUGAACUCAGGGACUGAAGUCGAGCCAUUCUGUUCAGCCUUAAAAAUUUUAUUAAUAAUAUUUAUUUUUUUCUAUACAUGAUUUAUUUAUAUUUUUUAUGUAGUUUCCAUUAGUUUUUAGCGGCUAAGCCGUGACAGCUCAAAGCUCUCUUAUGUAUUUAUUCAUUAACAUAGGCUAGAUCUAUUAAACUGAACCCAGAAAAAAGUAAACGAGCAGUCGGACCAAAUGUUUCUUAAGAAAAGAAAAUAGA